GUAACACGGAAAUAACCGAAUGCCACGUUAGCAAACGUGCAACGCGAACAGGUGCUUGCAUUACAGUCACUUAUACGGUUGUUAUAGAGCCAAACGGAAUAGUUUGCUUCAUCAUGGACCUCAGUAACAUAUUUGUUGUCUUAUUUACGUUAUGUUUAGUCACAAUAGAUGCCAUAAGAUUCCAUUUAUCACCUAAUCAAAAGAAGUGCCUUCGAGAGGAAAUUCAUAAAGAUGUUCUGGUUACCGGUGACUACGAAGUGUCGGACGCCCCUGGUCAGAAAGCAAACCUUAUGGUGACAGAUUCAAAGAGCCAUAUUUUGUACUCCAAAGAAGAUGCUAAGAAGGGUAGAUUUGCAUUUACAACAGAAGAAUAUGAUAUGUUUGAAGUGUGCUUUGAUACAAAAAUGGUUGGAGGUGGCCAGGGAAGCGACAGAGAAAUUUCUCUUGACAUGAAGCAUGGUGUGGAAGCAAAGAGUUAUGAAGAGCUUGCCAAAGCAGAGAAGUUGAAGCCUCUUGAGGUUGAGCUGCGUCGGUUGGAAGAUUUGUCUAAAUCAAUUGUUGAUGACUUCGCCUACAUGAGGGCUAGGGAGGAAGAAAUGAGGGACACUAAUGAAUCAACCCACUCUCGUGUGAUGUACUUCAGCCUUUUCUCCAUGUGCUGCCUCCUUGGGCUGGCUACAUGGCAGGUGCUCUAUCUCCGCAGAUACUUCAAGGCAAAGAAACUCAUUGAAUAAACUCAUUUCCUGAUAACCAUCAAGGGCCAGCUCUUGUCCAACACUCUGCCAACUAAACUAACUGAAUUGUCAUCCAUGCAAGAAUUAUGAACAGUGGAACUAGUACCAAAACACCAGAAGCCAUUACACAUGUCAGACUGUAAAAUCUAUUUUCUUCAACAUAUUGAUUCCUCAGAUUUGUAAGAAUAUUAGAGGCAUGAACAUUUUUGACAGGGUACGCCAUCAUGAAUUGUCAGUAUUAAUUAGCAGUGAGUUGAUAUGAACUUAUUGAUUUUAAUCCAUAUUUGAUCUUUAAUGUCUAUUUUGAGUGUGUUUGUUGGACAUAUUUGUAAUUUCAGUGGCAGAGUUGUUGGAGUUAUCUGCCUUGUCUGUUUGAGAUGUUUUCAUUUGGACACUGACAUACACCCUUCGAUUUGGGUAGAAACAAGUUUAAUGAUAUGUUUUGAAUUGUUAUAUCAAGGGCAUUUCAAAAUACAAGUACUGAUAAAUAUCACCAGUUUGGUAGAUUUAAACAGCUGUCUAACCAAUUGUUUAUUGAGCUGGGUCAGAUGUCUGUCCAUCUGAACUAUUUUUGUACAAGGAUGUCCAUACCAAUUCAUGUUGGGACUGGAUGAAGCUAUGUAACAGAGUUUUAAAGGAGGAUGUUCAGCUUAAUGUCAUGUCAUUCCUUCAUUGCCAUUGCUCAUUGUAAAAAUCUUCACUUCAGGUGUCUAGUGAAUACAGGUUGCUAGGUCUGAUCAUUGAGUCGUAUGGAGUGAUUGUACAUAUUGUGUAUUCUGAAGUUGUAUUUAAUUUCUUGUGUGGUAUACUUGUGUUUCAUGAAGAUGGGCAAACUACAAUGCCAGAUGACAUCAGGCACCGCUUCACACCUUGCAGUUUCUGUAACUCUCAGUAUGGGAGAAUAGGGCUUGCAAUGCUAGCAAAUCAAUUACAAGAUGGGAAAGAAACUAGUAGAUGGCUAGUCGAUAACAUCAACUACAAAUAAGAUCUGAAGUCAAAUAUUCAUGAUUAUAUUAUUUUACUAGACAGGCUCCCCAGGCAAUGACAAUUUGAGAGAAUGCUAAAUUAGAAUAAAUAUAAACAGGCUCUUCCAUAGAAUGUGUUCGUUUUGGUACAUUUGUUAUUUUCCUCAAUGCAGUCAGAAAUGUACACAUGUUGCUACCAUGUAGUGUCAUGGACUGAACAGUGAGAACUAACUACUGGUAGUACAAUGUAUUUUCACCAAAGUCAAAAUGUAGCCAGAUCACUAGUCAGAACUCCAGUAUCCAUGCUUUGUUGAAAUGUUUCUGUUGAAAUCAUUAACUACUAGGUACUGUGCACUCAAGAGAUACAGCUAUUGUUGAUUUCCUUAAUAUUUAUAAAUCAUAUCUCUCUAAUUUGUCAUUUUAAUUGUUUUUGGACAUUUCUGUAUAUGACCAUCACAAUCAGCAUGAGCGUAAGAAAGCAACACAUAGAUCAACAUCCAACAUGUCCAUUGAUCUAUUUUUACACCUCUCAUUGUUCAUAUUGAUAUUAAAAACACUGUUACAAGCAGGCUUAGCUGAAGUGUGAUUGUUAAUUUUGUUUGACAGGUACAUAAGCAUUUAACAUCUCUCACCUGGCCCAUUGAAUGUCAUUAACCAGAUUAUAUUGACAGUAUGUAUUGCACCAGUGCUAGCAGUAAUAAUACAUUGAACUGUGUGAAAACUGCACCUAGCAUGACAAGUGCUUGCAAGAUGUACAUAUUUCUUUUAACCUUUUCUGUAUCUGAAGCUUUGCAUUUUUGUUUAUUCUGGUAAAAAUUAUUUCUGUGAAUUAUAAUUAUGAAGGCCUGUUGUUAGUGUUUACCAGGUGGCUCUGCUUUGAGUUUGUAGAUGACAGCAUUGUGAUCUUUCUUUCAGUGUAGGUAUACUAUGCAUAUGGUGUGUUGUUGUUUAGUGAGGUUAGGCUUUAGUUAAUAUUUAAAUCCAGCACUGUAUUAUAAGAGCAAUAAAUGUAGUAAACAAA